AAAUCAUACAACGCAAAAACGUCAAAUAUAACCUAUACACCGUCAGAAAAAGUCAUCAAAAUAAAUAAUAAUUAAUUAGAGAAAAGAUAUUAACAAAUAUUCAAAAUAAAGUCUCGGUGUUGUGUCUUGUACAGAACCACACAAAAAAAAUAUCGUUCCAACCCAGUAGUCCAAUUCGCCUGAAGCACAAAUGACUCAUUCAUAACGAAAUAACAAUAAAAAAUGUACUAUAAACUGGAAUUACAACACCAUUAGGUAUAGUGAAAACGAGACUAAAAUGUGCCUUAAAUUGAUUCGUGUCACAGUGAAACAGUAGUUUGUAUUAUUUAAAAUGGAAGAUCGAAGGAUCGCUGAUUAUUUUGUUGUGGCUGGCCUACCAGAGGAUCCAGAACCUCUGGAUGAUACUACAUUGUCUGAAGGUGGAAAUUUAAAGGCAAGUCACAGUCAAGCGCCCAUAACCGACAUAAGCGUAAUUUUUCCAAGUUUGGGUGAAACACUUCCUGAAGAUUGGGAAGCAGUGCUAAAAACUCCAUCAGGAUUAAGCGCUGAUUUAAAUCAUGGAAGCCUACGGACUAUGGAAUGUUUCUUAUGUGUUAGGAGAGGAAGAGAUAAACCACCCUUGGUUGAUAUUGGUAUUAUGUAUGAAGGAAAAGAAUGGCUUAUGGCAGAUGCAGAAGUGGUUAAAAAUAGUGUGGGAGGCAAUCUUGCAAACGUCAAUAACUCAACAUCUCUUACUUUCAUUACAUUUAGACGAGGUGUCUCGACAAUGCCAUGUAACGCCCUCGUAGUAACAGACAUUUGUGUGGUUAUAGCUAGCAAAGGAGAAUCUCCACCCCAUGCCUUUUGUUGCAUAAACAAAAACCUAAAUAAGGGCAUAGUGGGAUCAGAUGUAUUCCUAUGCUACAAGAAAUCCAUGAAUAGGGCAAAAUUGUUGACCUAUAAACCUGAUAUUUUAGCUAGGUACCCUCUGGGUGACGUAGAAAACUUUCCCUUCCCCAACUCAGUGCCUCUUUUCUGUCUCCCCAUGGGUUCUACAUUGGAACUGUGGCCGAAAGAAGCCAGUAAACCAAAACCGGUGUUUAGCAUGUUUGUUUUAACAGUAUCAGAUGCUAAAUAUAAAGUUUACGGUUCUGCUUUGACGUUCUAUGAAAAAUAUCCUGUAGAAAAUGUAACUGAGGAACAAAAGGAACUUUUAGGUUACACAGACGGGGAUGACAACUUUGUUCUACAUGUAAAUAAGAGUAUUUGUGUGUUAAGUCAUUGGCCGUUUUCAGAUGACUUUCAAACAUGGCUUUUGUAUCUUUACCAUAUUGUGACAGAAGGCAAUCCGACUGCAGUUCCUGUGGAAAGAUACAUAAUCCAACUUUUGGACGAAGUCCCAUUUCCUUCUCCUCGAACAUUGCUUCAAUUGAAUGCAGAUAAUCAAGACUUAAGAGUUAUAUUUACACAGCCAGAGGACUUACCUUUGCCAAGAAGUGCUGCCAGUUUUAAACAGUUACUUUUGAAUUUGGGCUCAGAGAAUUGUCUUCAGGUUCUUCUAUUGGCUCUUACAGAACAGAAAAUACUAAUUCAUUCUCUAAGACCUGAUGUAUUGACUUCUGUUGCAGAAGCUAUAAGCUCACUACUUUUUCCUUUCAAGUGGCAGUGCCCUUACAUUCCCUUAUGCCCUUUAGGUCUAGUUGAGGUUUUACAUGCACCUUUACCUUUUCUAAUAGGAGUUGACUCGAGAUUUUUUGAUUUAUAUGAUCCUCCACCUGAUGUCAGUUGUAUAGAUUUGGAUACAAAUAUAAUAACUGUUGCUGAAAUUCAAAGGCAAAAUUUAAGUACUAAGCUACUUCCCAAAAAAGCAGCAAAAUGUCUAAAGUCUGCCUUGGAAUAUUUGUAUUAUCAGUACAGGAAUGCUCCAAAUGCUCCUGAUUCAGUGACUUCUGAUGAUAUUGAAGGGGAAUUCAUGAGAAGAAAAAAAGAGCAAGCUGAAGAGUUAGAAAUCCAAGAAACCUUUCUAAAAUUUAUGGUUAAUAUUUUAAAAGGAUACAAGUCAUUCCUAAAGCCCAUCACCAAAGCUCCUACAGUAGGGACAACAGAUCCUCAAGCUUUGUUUCAGUUGCAAGAAUUUAUGAAAAGCCGUGAUAAAAAUAAUGUUAAAUUUUUCACUUUGUUGAUGAGGACACAAAUGUUUAUCAGAUUCAUUGAAGAAAGAAGUUUUGUAAUGGACCAAGGCGACCAAGGAUUAACAUUUUUUGAUGAUUGCGCCGAAAGACUAAACAGUGACGAAAAUGAUCCCAAACUUUUAGAGCUCGAAUCUGUUCACAAAAAUGACAGGACUGUGUUUGUCUUACCACCACAACCAGCUAACGAAAGCGAUUCUUAUGCAUACUCUCACUUCAUCCUGAACCCUUUGCUCCUGCUGAACAGCAAGAGGAGAAAUCAUUUGCCUUUACUGUAUCACGCAGGAGUGCCUGGAUCACCAAUGGCGAGAAGGACCAAGCAUGAAAUCAAAAGUGCUCAAAAAUUGGCUAGGAAAUGUCAAAGAUCUCCUGAUACUUGGGCUCGAUGUUUAUGCGGAACUUGUCAUACUCUUUAUUUUAUGAUUUUGCCCAGCAUGUUGAGUUUGAAUUUGGGCAAAGAGAAUGCCGUACUGCAACAGGCUUAUGAGUUGUUAGUGAGAGCUACAUACUUGAAGCUACCAUGUGACGAAGUAUGCUACAGACUGAUGAUGCAAUUAUGCGGUGAACAUAAUCGACCCCUUUUGGCUGUGAAACUUUUAGUAUUAAUGAAAAAAUAUGGUAUUCAACCCAACGCUCUGACUUAUGGGUUGUACAAUCGAUGCGUUUUGGAGGCUCAAUGGCCCGCUCAUGCUGGUUCCAGUCAAGUUCUAUGGAAUAAACUCAGAAACGUUGUAUUGGGCGCUGCUCAUUUUAAAUUCGCUGCUCGAAGAAAGGCUCAAAGGAAUUUUCUUGGUGCGUCUACUGAAGGAGGAUCCAGCUUACUUGAUCCAACCGAUAGGAGUGCCUCUAGAAGUUCACUAGAUUCUCAUGAAGGUUCCAAUACAGAAAGUAGUCUUUUUGAUCGGUUUAAACGUGUGGUGGCAAAUAGUAUUGUUAAAGGCAGUGUUAAGGAAUUGGCAGAACCAGAAGAACCAGACGGACCAACAAACGAAGUAAAUGAUAAUAAAGUUGAGAUUUUUGCGCAAAAAAGUCCGUCCGAAUUUAGAAUUCUAUCGAGAUCAGAAAGCGCCUGCGAUGCUAAUCUGAUUGAUAAGCUUCAAAGUACCAAUAAAAAGACUUGCUCAAGAAAUUUGCACUUUGAUCAAAACAAAAACGGAGACUUAAAUGAGGAAACUGAGAAAAUUUCUCCCACAAAAGUUUCUCCCCGUGAAGUAAUAACCGAAAACGAUCCUUUGGGCGCCUUUGAACAACCCCCUGAAGAACUAACUCAAGACCAAACCAAAGAAACCCAUUCUGUCCCAAAUAACGAAACAAAUCCCGUCCUUACCGAUGAACCAGUCCUUUUUAGAAAUUCCGUCCAAAGAUCUGCCACCUUUGAAGGAAGCCCUCCAUCUCAAAACAAGCUCCACCGUUCCGAAACAGUUCCAGCUGCCACAGUGGCUUCAAGUUUAGCAAGUCUGGGCUCAAGCUUCAAGCUCAGUUUUAGCCGUUACACCAUGCAAAGGCUAUCUUUACGCAAAGCCAAUCUUAAGGUGCCCGCUCAACAGUUUAUCGAGAAUGCCAUUACGAAUUUAAGCCCGUCAAGCCUCACUGGUAAAAAAUCCAACGAAUUAAUCCAAGGUUCUCUUAGCACCAUCAAGUCGGCUGCCAAUACAAUGGUCAAGAAAAUGGAAGAGAUCAAAGAAGUUAUAUCUACGUCGGCCAAUUCUACGCCAGUGAAGUUAGCAAUCACUACUGGAGAUAGAAUGGCUUCUGGCGAUGCUCUAAAUGAAAUUGAUGGAGACAGUAUGCAGGGCAGUGAGGAUGGAGAGAGAGGAAGAAAGGUAUCAGCGGAGCUAGGAAGUUAUCGAGGCUCUUGUGCAAACCUGAAAGACUAUGACGAACCUCUACCGGAGAGUCUAUACCCAUCACCUGAAGAAGGUAAAGGAGAAAGCGAGUUAGACAUAACUCUCACCACAUGUUCUCAGUGUCAUAAUUGCUAUGGGCUUUUAUAUGACGAAGAUAUUAUGUCCAAUUGGUCAGCAGAAGAAUCAAAUUUGAACACGCUGUGUCAGGCCUGCGGUAAACCAACGGUGCCCUUGCUCACUGUCACUAUAAGUGGUAGAGAUCAAAGUAGUUGUGAUCCGUUUAGUGUCCCUUAUCUAAACCCGCUGGUUCUUAGAAAAGAGUUGGAAAAUAUUUUAACUCGGGAAGGUGAUCUGAGCAUUUCACAAUCGAAAUUCAUUGAUGAACAUCCGAUAAUUUAUUGGAAUUUGAUUUGGGCCUUUGAAAGGAUUAACGUGCAAACUCAUCUGCCUAAUUUGUACUUUAAGCAUCGGGCUGAUGCUCAAAGUAAUUCUAGGGAGAUGAGUAAGAAAAAUAGUCAAGUAAAUUUGGAGGAGGAAGGCAAGGAGAAGGAAGAAAAUGGGAGUAGUAUGAAGUUGGUUGAGGAGGGGACUGAUCCUUUGACACAGGAAUUAGCGGUUUUAGAACGUCUAGCGGCUCGUGUACGAGUGAAAUGCUUAUGGGACGAACCCAAAUUCCACUCAGAAGGCCCUCCCAUGUAUAUUUUAUGGAGGUUAAGGGACAGUAAUCAGAUAAUUUCCAUGGAUAGAUCCAGAGUUACAAAAUCAUUUAUGCAACAAAUUAUCAACUUUAUCCGUGUAAAUGAUUUGAUGGAACCAAUCAAGAGCUUGGCAAACGAAAGGGAGCAAACUUCCGCGAGGAAAAUUGCCAAUUCUAUUUACCGAGAUAUUUUAUUUUUGGCUUGCAAGGCGCUGGGACGGUCUCAAAUUGAUAUCAAUGCUUUUGAUAAGGAAUAUACGACAGCGUACUCAAGAUAUUGCGAAAGAGCUACACUGGAAGUCCAAGAUAAACCAAUAAACCUUAGCUCCUUAUAUUGCAGACAGUAUUUUCGUCCUUUAUUACUUCCCUAGGUAUUACUUAGCUUAGUAAGUUAAUUAGUAUUAAAACAAAUAUUGAGCAUGAGCAACGAGUUUUUGAAAAAUGUACUAUAAUAGUAAAAGCAAAAAAAUCCCUGUUAUUUCUUGGUCAUUCAAAUAUUACAUAGCCAAUAUUCCUUGGCUAUUUUUUCCAUAAUUUAGACUCAAAAUCAAAUUAGUAAAGUAAUAAGUCUAACUCACUGCAAUACGCACAUGCAAAAGUUAGAAGUCUUAUUUGAAAACUGAAAAUUAUUAUUACUUAUUUAUUUUUCUAUUAGAAAGUGAAUAUUUUUAUGGUGUUUCAGUUUAUUCCAAUUUUGGAUAUUUAUUUUUUUAUGCCAUAAAUGGUGGCAUAAAACACCGUAAGAAGUAGACUAUUUGUUGAUAUUUAUUGCGCAUAUUUGUCUGUUUAAGUUUCACAUUAUUAGCUUUGUUCUAAUAGUAAUGAAAUAAUAUUUUGUUAACGGAAGAGGCUUCUUGUUUCUAAUUAAAUAUUUAAAAAACGGUGCACGUUUCUUUAUUUUUAUUGUAAAUACAUAUUUUUUAAAUGUUUGGUUUAUCCACCUUUCAAAUUUAAACUUUUGUUUAAUGUUUAUAUAUUGUAAAAUAGUUAUUAUAACAAAUUAAUAAAACAAUGAAUCUGUUGUAAGAUUGAGUUUAAUUUAAAAUACCACAUUUAGGCUAGAAAAUUUCAUGUUUAAACAAUUUUUUUCUAGAUUUAUCACAUUGUUACUUUAAUUUGAAACAUUUCUUGAUCUUGGGAAAUCCUCACUCAAAUCAGCUAUAAUGUAUGAGACGACAGCCCAUAAAGCUGUAGCCUUAUCCAAAUUAUCAGGAUCUAAUACUUCCAUUCUGUCGGCCUGAGUGUGGUGAAACCAG